AUGGUUCACAAAACCAAAAACCAGCUCCGAAGGGAACGGGCGAAACAGAGGAAGGGCUUGCCUGGGACUGUCCAGCGGCAGCUUCCCGAAAUCAAAACCGACGUAGAUGAGGUGGAAGCACCGGACUCCCCUGUGGACGUGGUUGUGGAAGACGCCCCAGUAGACGGUUUUGCUGACUACCAGGCUAUUUUUGAUAAAUUCAAUAAGCCAAGGGAAUCACCAACUGCGGAAGGACAUGACAAUGAACAGAAAACAGAAGAGACGAAGUCGGAGUACGAGGGUUUUGAGAAAGAUGAUCUCCCCGAGCAGCUGUCAAAACGUCAGUUCAAGAGGAAAUACCAGAUCCCAUUGGCAUACUUGAAAGCUGAGUCGGACAAGCCUGAACUUCUGGAGAUGGCAGACGUUAAUUCUCCAGACCCGCGACUUCUCGUGUAUCUGAAGACACUCCACAAUGCGAUUCCUGUUCCGCAACACUGGGGCGCUGCUAAAGGCUUUUUAAUGGGCAGAAGAAAUUACGACAGACCUCCUUACCAGUUGCCCAAAUUCAUUGCUGAUACGGGAAUCAUACAGAUGAGGAGCUCUAUGAAUGAUAAAGAAACAACCCUGAAACAACGAAUGAGAGAAAGAGUUCAACCACGUAUGGGUCAACUGGACAUCGAUUUCAACAAAUUAUACGACGCAUUUUUCAAAAACCAGACGAAGCCGGAUCUCCUGCGCUAUGGAGAAGUCUAUUUCGAAGGUUUGGAGAGCAUCGAGCUCCUUGGUCCGUUCAAAGUCAGCAAAUAUCGUCCAGGUGUGAUGAGUGCUCGGCUCCGUGAAGCUCUGGGCAUGAUUGGACCCAAAUCGAGAUUGCCACCAUGGUAUGAGAAGUUUCAAAAGCUUGGACCGCCGCCAGCUUAUCCUUAUAUGCGUAUCAACUCGGACGGGACUGUCUCUUUUGACAACGACCAAAGAACUGUGGUCAAUAGAGCAGAGCCUGUGGAUCGCACCAGAUGGGGAGAACUGGAAGAAAUAUAUGAAAGCGAGAGCGAAGAGGAAGCAGACCAAGGGGAAGAGGAGGAAGAGAAAGAACAGCGCACCUCACGAACUGAACAAGAGUCGGAUACACAGUAUGUCGCUUCUGCAGGAGAUGUGUUCAUUGAUAGUCUUGAAGCUAAAAAUGUUCCAUUAAACAACUCUCAAGUACAACAGGACGCCAACGAAAAUGAUGAUGGGUACCCUAAGAAGCUCUACACAGUUUUGAAGGAGAAAAAGGGUGGUCAGCACGAGAGCAUCUACGGCUCUGAAACCCUCGCAUACGAUUUGAAACGCACCGGAGACGAGGAGUCUGUGCCACCUUCGAAGAGGCGCAAGGAACUACACAAUCACGAAAAGAAGGAAGAGAAAUUUAGAUUUUGA